AUGGCGGACUGCAUCCCUUUCGCAACAUGGACGGCUACUGUGAGCGAAGUUUCGUCAUUGGUGCUGGUCUGGAGUGUGGCGAAUGCCUACAUGGAUAGAAAGACCAGGGGACUAGUAGUAGGUGCUACUAGUACUAGUAGUCUCCUUGGAGGCUUGGAAAGAUACAAUCUAGUCACUACCGCUACUACUUCCUGUCGGGUGGAUAAUGGCGAGAGAUAUCCAACUCCAUUUUUGGCAAACCAUUCUGUGUUUGGCAUUGGCAGAGCAGGGGCAGAGUUUCCAAAUGAGGUUUCCAUCACUCUUGACCCACAAAGUAGUGGAGAUUUCUUGCAAGAAAAGACAAGGACGUCCAGUACCGGUAGUGCCACAAGUAGUACCGAUAGCAUUGGUACACUUUCGACUGCGAGAACAAGCACCAGCAAUGUGAUCCUGGCAAGUACUAGUCACAGCCUAAAACAGCGGAUUGAGGGCUUGAUUGGAGUCCUCAAGGCUUUCUUCCACCAAAGCAUCAACAUUUUGUCCAAAGUGGGAAAAUACCUCUUGCCAUUGGCAUGGGUAGUCUACUCCGUGACUCCACAGUGCACGGUUCCCAUGGCCGCAAAGUUCGCCAUUUCAACUGUUGUUUCCCUGCCAAUCUUCAAGGACUUGUUGGCUCACAAGCAAACGGCAAUUCACCACUGGAUUCGAGAUUCGGGCAUGUUUCGAGUCAUGAUGGACACUCUGUUUUGGAUUGGUUUGCCCCCUCUUGCCACCAAGUAUCCAUCGGCUAUGAAAGACUAUUUUCGACUAGGAGAGCACAGAACUAGGAUCCAGUACGGUCAAGAGUCGCCAAAAUCACAAGUUGUGGAUAUGUACAUGCCUGCUGGGUCCAACGAGAAGAUUCGUGGACUGAUCUUUUUUGUGUAUGGUGGUGCCUGGGGGAGCGGCUCUCCACCACAAUACGCUCUGGUGGCAAAGCCUUUCUUGGAGAGAGGAAUGGCGGUGGCCGUGGUUGGCUACAGAACCUACCCGGAAGCGGAUGCAUUGACGCAAGCAGCGGACUUGGAGCUUGCAGCUUCAGUGUUGAGCCAACGGUACCCUCAAAUCUGCCUGGAGGAAUCCGAGCUGGGAGUUUGCGCUGUGGGUCAUUCCUCGGGCAGCCACAUCCUUGCCAUGAUGUUGAUACAACGACUACGGCAACAAACGGAAUCCUCUCGGUGGGGAUUUAGUCUUCAACACAACAACAAGAAUACUAAUGGCGUGACAAUGAGGAUUGAUUCCAUCGUGGGUAUCUCCGGACCCUACGACGUUGAACAACACUUUCAAUAUGAGGCAUCAAAGGGCUUGGAGCAGUUGAGUCCCAUGCAACCAGCUUGUGGAGGCCGAGAUCAGUUCCGCCAGCAUUCCCCAACGUUGCUACUCUCUCACUUUCUAUCCCAAUGUACCAAAGAAGAGAUGGAAGCAUUGGACAAGUCGUUUCCUCGUCUGGCCCUGGUGCAUGGAUCCAUUGACGACGUUGUCCCUGUCGAAUCAUCGCAAGAAGCAGCUAGAGUGCUCCGCGCGGCUGGCGUCACCAAAUGCGACGAGUUCUAUCUCGCGGAAACAGGACAUCCCGAUGCUGUCAUCGAGAUUAUGAUGGGUGGCCCAACACAAGAUGCAGUGGUGGAAUGGAUUGAAGCUGGCUCCAAAUCCGUCAAGGAUGUGCCAUCCAGCAUGGAAGAAAUCGUAUCCAACACUUUGCCAAGCUUUUGA